ACAAAAUUAACGAGCAGAGAAACUUCGUCGCCGCGGGCUUGUCGAGGCUUCUACCCCGAGCCGCCAAUAUGAACAAAAUUUAUUGGUCAAACGAGCUUGCGAAGUUCGCCCAAAGGUGGGUGGACCAGUGCGACAGUGCUACACGCCCCGACAAGGAAGACGAAUGCCGUGAUUUAGAGGAGUCGGCAGUGGGUCAAAACAUCGUAACUAUAUCGGGGCCCUCGCCCGGAAUGCACGUGACGAGCUUGAUUGAUGUGUGGUUCAUGCAGAAAAGGGCAUUCACUGGCAGCGUGUCCUAUUACAAUCAAUCACGGGAUUGGAAGACAAAUUACUUUACUCAAUUAAUUUGGGCCGAAACGGAUAAAGUGGGCUGUGGUCGCGCCAGGUUCUAUGUGGCAGAAAGAAAAUCUAUCAUAGAGAGAUUAGUUUGCAAUUUCGCGCCCAAAGGAAAUCUCCACGGGAAGCCUGUGUACGCCAUAGGCUUCCCAGCGACACAAUGUGUACACAAUAAGGUACAGGAUCAACGAUAUAAGGGCUUGUGUGCACACUUGAUACAAGAUAAUGACAAAACUCUUACAACACCCUCUCCUCCAGUGAGCAGUUUACUUAGGAUUUUCAACUUAUCAAAUAACUCAGUCAAACUGGACAUAGACCCCAUCCGGAAUAACUUAAGACAAAUGAAUUUUAAUGAAUCGAUCCGCCAGAGGAAUCCUAAGACUAGACAUGUAUUUUUUAAUAACAGUCAUGCUGGUUUAAGAAAUAUACCACGAUUACCAAUGCAAAACCAAUGGAAUACUCCUGCUAACGCUUACUCCCAGACGCCCAGAGUUCAAAGACCACAACAAUAUCAACAAGAGAGGGGACACUCUAGAGUUUACCAUGGACAUGAAUUACAUAACAAUAAUUUUGCAUCCAAUAUCAAUGACCAAUCCACAUCUGAAAAUUAUCGAAGAUUUGAUUAUACAACUGAACAGGCUGGUGAACCAGCCGCGAACGAUUUGAGGAAAUAUAACAGAUAUCAUCAAUGCACAAGGAGAUCUCAUGCAGAAGAAAGUGACUGCGAAUCAAGCCACCAAGUAAAUCAAUGCACACGGCAUGGAACUACGAGCUGUUGCCAAGUAGUUCCAACCACCACCUCGUGCCCGAUCAUGACUGUUAAACUUGGAUGCCCACGCGACAUGUGCCAGUGCAAUACACCCAGAGCCACCUGUGCCACUAUGCCCCCAAUGUGCCAAUGCAACUCCAACUGCCAAUGUUUUAAUCCUGACUCAGGAACUCAAUGUCUAUCAGGACGUAGAACACAAAACAAUGACGAUAACCCUGCAAUCGCACAGCCAAAUCAAAAAGCUGAUACGAGAAAGGCAGCUGAACUACAUUACUACGAUUUACUGCCCAAUAUGGCUAUUCGUAGUGGAGACAAUGAAGAAGAUCAAUUGCCAACAAAAGACAAUAUUAUCACCACCCCAAAAGAUACAUGGCUUCAACACGAUACUACAAUCCCUGACAUGUAUAAAAGAAUGCCACAUAAAAUAAAACAUGAUCAAAGACAGAGAAAGAAAAAGACGUAGUCCUAUAGAUGAAGUAACGUUUAAACCUUUUUGGCAAAUGGAUGAAUACAAUCGAGAUAAAUCUACGCAGUUAAGAUCUAUGU